GGUGUUGGGAAAAGUUUAGUAUUGGGCAGUCUGGCAGCUAAUUUUCCAUGGCCAGAAAACGUACGUGUGUAUGCUUGGAAUACAUAUGUGCGAGAUGAUUCUAAAAAAUUUCGUAUGUUAUCCGUGAUGCUUGAGCGGCUAUCGGACUGCGGCUGUAAUCUGUUAAUCAUAGAGAAUUUGAAACCUAGUGAUCAUGAGUUCGUAAAAAUGGUUAAUGAAUUAAUACAACAAAUUGUCAAUGGCAAGAAGCGCCUUAUUAUAUUCUAUGUAUUUAACUUAAAUUGGAUGCGAGAUGAACAUUUUGUUGUCGAACAGAGCGAAUUUCUUAUGAAGUCUUUACCGGUCGACCAUGUAAUUAGCUUUAACCCAUUUACCAAAGCUGAGCUUAGAGAAUGCGUGCAUCGGGAAAUGAUAUUGGAGAAGGUCCAUUUAAUACCAGAAGAUUUAGAAGAGAUUAUAGAAACGAUCGAUGUGACUCAUUCAGGUUGUAAGAAUGUAAAUGCUAAAGUGUUAAUGUACGGUAUAAGGCGCUAACAAAAAGA